AUGGCAAAUGGUUGUGCCUUUACGUCCGGCAGAAAUGCCAGCGGGCAGGUCCAGAGCCGUCAGUGCAUUGAGGACGUCAUCAAAUUCGCCUUCGAGGAGAGGCUCUUCCUCAUGGCUGACGAGGUGUACCAGGACAACAUGUAUGCUGAGGGUUCGGCCUUCCACUCCUUCAGGAAGGUGCUGACAGAGAUGGGGCCGCCCUACCUGGACUCGGUGGAACUCACCUCCUUCCACUCCAUCUCCAAAGGCUUCACGGGCGAGGGUGCCCUAUUGCUACGCGCCUAUUGCUGCGCGCCACCCUCCGCUCGCCCUGCGCCCCCCUGCGCCUGCUCUGCCGCGACUUCCACGCCGAGGAGCUCUCCGUCUCCACCGUCGUCUCCCUGCUGGACUCCCUGGAGCCUGCCGCCGUCCGCAGAGUUGUUUCACGCUUCAACAACCUGGGGCUGGCGGGGCUGUGCGCAGUGCUGCCUCACCUCGGCCGCUUCCCCGCGCUGCGCAGCCUCAAGCUGCCCUACAGCAACGUGGACGUGCGCCGCACAGCCCCCGGGCACGGACGCCGGCAUCCGCUGCUUGGCCGCUCACCUCCGGGCCUUGCCUGCCCUCAAGGAACUCGAUUUGUACUCCUCCAGGCUUUCUGGGAGACUCAGGCAGCUCCUGGGCGGGCUGCAGACUCCCCUGGAGAGUCUGGCGCUGGCCUUCUGCUGCCUGCUCCCCUCCGACCUCAUCUUCCUGUCCUCGAGCCUCCACGCGCCCUCCCUGCUCCAGCUGGACCUGAGCGGCCACAACUUCACGUCCCCCAGACUCCUGCAACCCUUGCGGACGCUGCUGGAAGCCGCUUCGUGCUCGCUGCUGCAGCUGGAGAUGCUGGAGUGUCAGCUGGGGGACGCGGAGCUGGAGCUGCUGCUGCCGGCGCUGCGCCGCUGA